AUGCCCAUCAUUAUCGAAUUGGAUGUCAUGCUCGCCCGCCGGAAAAUGCGGUCCAAGGAACUCGCGGAACGCAUCGGUAUCACAGAGCAGAAUGUCUCCCUUUUGAAAUCCGGCAAGGUCAAGGGUGUCCGGUUCGACACGCUCGAAAAGAUUUGCGAAGUGCUGGACUGCCAGCCGGGCGAUAUCCUGAUCUAUGAGAAACCGGAAACCUGA